UAUAUUCUACAGCAAUCCGAAAUUAGUCGUCGAACGUCGUCACCAACUUUCAUUGUGUUAAAAUUUGCUACAAAAUUUCCGAGAGUUAAAAAAGAAAAAAGCAUUUUUCACCAUCGUAGGCAAGUGUAGAAUUAUAAAAACUUUAAUUUAACUGUGCAUUGAAGUGGCCUUUGAGUUAUAUGUUGAACGAAAGAUUUUUAUCCCGUGGCAAAAAAUAUAUCAUACAACAAUAAUAUUAAGAACAGAAAAAACUAUUGUUCAUAAAAAAUGGCCUGUGCAACACUCAAACGGACUCUAGAUUGGGAAGCGCUAAAUCAACGGCCUACAAAACGUAGACGUUGCAAUCCGCUUGGCCAAUCAACAGGAAAUGGAUCAUCAUCAUUGCGCUCAUCUUCAGUUGCCACCACUUCAUAUGAUAACGUGCAAGGUCCCAGCGGAAGCCGCGUUUCAAAGGAACCUCAAAUGAAUCCAUUCACAGAGUCCAAUCUAUCAAAAAUAUCACCAGAUAAAAUAGCCCAGGAUAUUAGGGAUGAAAUCAAGCGACUGCACCGUUGUAAACGUCUCCAGUAUUCAUCGGCCACCAUUGAUGGUAUGCAACAAGAUUCAGAAUCUAGCGGUUCUGAAAUGGGCGCCGAUAGUCCUCGUCGCCCAGACACUCCACCAAGCUUGGUGCGUAAUCCAGAGAAAGCCCUUUUUACAUUCAAACAGGUGCAAUUGAUAUGCGAACGUAUGCUGAAGGAGCGGGAAGAUGAAAUUCGUGAAAAAUACAACGCCGUGUUGACUACGAAGCUCGCUGAGCAGUAUGAUGCGUUUGUGAAAUUCACUUAUGAUCAAAUACAGAGGCGCUAUGAAGCCACACCAAGCUAUCUUUCAUAAUCGGACCUCAGGCGUACUUCAUUACUAGUCGCUAAGAUUUCAUAUUUGCAUACAUGAAUUUUUUUGUUGAAAAAAUACAAAUACAACACUAAAAUUCUCAUCCUAACAAUUGAACAAGAGAACUGAAGAGAAACAUUGAAAUAUUCGAUUCAUUUAAGUAAAACGCCUGAAUUAUAAAAAAAUGGAUUAAUUAACAGUUGCUGGCGUAUUUAAGUUUUUACUUAAGUGCAUUAAAACCAAAUUAACAUCUUGAGGAACCUUUUCAGUAAGGUACUUUUACUAAAUAUACUACUAUGUUUAGAACAGAUUAUUUGCACACCCACGUAAACGGUUUGAAAGCGAAUGUUUGGGAAAGAAAAUUUAAUAUCGUAAGAUUUAGAGACUGGGUUGUGAGCUCUAAUAACACUUUGUGGUAGCUAAUGCAAUCUAUUUACAGCUGAAUAGUGUAGUAGUGGAUUUUUUAAGUUCGAAAUUAUCGUUGAAAAAUCGAUUCUGACUACAAAGAUAUACGAGGAAAUAAAAUAAAUGCUUAUGAAUUGGACUGAAGGAAUAAAACCAUCCAGUCAUUCGCUCGCUUCCUUAUUAUUAGUACGCCGAACGUAUGUUAAAGAAAUUUAAAGGGUUUAGUAGUAUAUGGAAUAUUAAAGCAAAUCACUUGUAAAAAUAGAACUCAAAGAUUUGAAAAUCAGCCAAACUCGCAUCAGAGAAAGCUACCAAAAUUUGAAGUUAAAAGAUACAACAAAGGACCAAUACAACCAACAAAUAAACAACAAUUAAAAACCUCAGCAUCAGUAAAAACAUAUAAUUAUAUACACAAAAAAAAAAACUAUAUAUUAUAUAAACUUAGUAUAGUACAGAUA